AAUUUUCGGACAGCAUGAGCUCGGUGCGUAGACUGUCAACGUGCUGUGUUAGAAUUGGAACACAGCCACUGUAGUCAUGGGAUCUCACUGACAAAGUGAUGGUGAUGAUAAUGCAGUGGUGGUUGACUUUUUUGCUCUCUGUGGUGUAAAUUGGAACUUGAGUGCUAGCGCGGCCGGCCCGCGAGCCCACCGUUCUGAAACAGGGUAGCGCGUGCAUUCUCUUCGUUUUCAUUUCGUGGCAGUUGGCUCGGUAACGACGUGGACGGUCUUGGAGAACGCCAUUUCUAAGGUACGUCAGAGACGUUAUCGAAGAUUCGGCAAGAUACAACGCCUCGGCAGUGCAGAGAAGUUGGCUGGGCGAAGAAGCAAAUGUUUUGAGAGCACUGCUGGCAGACUGCAUUCCUUAAACAUGCCCACAUCUGACGAAGCUUCUGCGCCUGUUAUUUCUUACCGCCAGAAAUAUCGUAACCUAAAGCGCAAGUUGAAGUUUCUUCUCUACGAGAAUGAGUGUUUCCAAGAGGAGCUUCGUAAGGCGCAAAGAAAGCUUCUCAAAGUGACGCGGGACAAAAGUUUUCUUCUCGACCAGAUCCUUCAGUACGAGUCGAUCGACUCGUCUUCGAGUGACUCAGAUGCGACAGUAUCUAGUGACAGCGAUUCCGAGCUUCGUGUUGAACCACCACCACCGCCCCCAGCAGUGAAGAAAAAGAAGCCGUCGUCGGUGACCCCUGGGGAGGGCGGAAACGUCCAUCACAUUCCAGUGGCUAGCGUGUCGGCAACAGCGGUUCCCAGUGCAACUCCGUCUUGUUCGAUACCUAUUAAGACUGAAAUUAUAACACCGGGGCCGCUACCGGUCGCUACUACUUCCGCUGCAUUGGGUGUCCUGCCUACGCUCGCCGCGAAGUCUGCCGUUUUAUUGCCUCCCGGCGCAUCACUGAAUCUGACGGCUGACAAGAAGAAGAAAGUAGCCAGGGCCUCCAAGCCACCGACAAUGACUGCACUACCGCAUCCUAAUUCGAAGCCCAUUUUGGUCUCGGGCGUUCCGAAAAGGGUAGUGGAAGCGGUCGAUGCGCUUUCGGUGAGUCGUCUGGACGGCCACAUGACUUCAGAGGAAGUCGAGAGGCAUCUGGAAGCGAGGCAGGCACUGCGCGAUUUGCUUCCCGAGAAGGCUCCGCUCACAGUGCCGGCUGAGCUUUUCAGCAAUGAACCACCGGCCGACCUACUUGACGGCGGGCCGCCCCUGCUGGCGCCUGGUGCCUGUGUGAUGACCUCCACUGACGCUGAAGGGGACGACGACGAGCUCAUUACUGGAAUAGCGUAGCAGUGUUGGAGCGCAUAGCAAUUCGGAAUCGCCAUAUGUGUAACAUCUAUACUGGACCGACACUCAAGGUAGAGCUCUGAAAGUCCGAAUUAUGCCGCUGUCCACUCUGUACAGUAAGGUAUUUGCCCAUUCACGGCUGAUACAUAUGUGGCUUCCCUGCCGUACUUCUUGAAGUCUUAACAUGUUUGAGAACAUUUCACUUGUGUGAUUUAUAGCUGUGCUCUUAAUAUUGAAUUGAAUAGCACUGAAUAAUUUAUAGCUUGUCUUUGGAAGCGUUCUGCUAGCUUUUUGUUUCAGGGCACAGUUUAUUAAAUAAUGGGUCAGCAGUAACCCACACACUACUGUCAGUGAGAGACCCGAAAAAUCGAGGCUCUUGAAAACAUGCGGUUCUAACUCGGAUUUUCAUGUUCUGCGAAAUUUUUUUUUAGGGAUUGCUGUACAAGAAAAAGGUGUGCAUUGAGCAGUGGCACUGUCGUGCUCCACACACAUGAACAGUUGCAUUGGCUGGCAAAAUUUACCUCACCGCACAAAUCUGCACAUGCUGCAGCGAAAGGAACUCUAAAAUGAUCUAGGACAGGGGUUAUUUUGGCUUUCUUUUUACAUUGGUAUUGUGUGUACCUUGUGAAUACACAACUGUUUUUUUAAGGGUAAGAAGGUACAUGCAACUAGAAUAGCUAAGCUGAGGAAUAUUUGCCCAUGGAUGUGGAGAAACUGAUUAUUAGGUGUAUUGGUCUGCAAAUCUAUGCUUGGUUUCCCUGAAGUGAACUUGCGAUAAUUUUUUACUGAACUGACUAUAGUAUUCUGGGCUACACAAAAUGGCAACCAUACACUCACCUUUGGCAGUGCGCACCUGUUGCCACCAGUUUGCACACUCCACGUCACACCAUGAAGGAAGUGCACUAGCAUCAUUUUGCAUGAUUUUAAGCUUUCAGAGGAUUGCAUGCUGUACUGGGAUUGUAAAAUAGGAUGUAUAAAACUGUUCAUUUACAACUUCUUGUGGCAUAAGGUGAAGCAGUUCUUAUAUAGCAUACAGAAAGGUGAAACAUCUGGACAAUGAGCAUUUAUAAUAGGAAAGUCACAAAAUUGAACUGCUGUUAGCAGUUUCAGUAGCAUAUAUCCUCUUGUAAAGCUUGUGGAAAAAUGCGAGUAUGAAAAGUUGGAUUAGUAUUGAAAAGCAAAGCGGAAGGUUGGCAUCUGUGCAAGUUACUCUAUGUGUCUGAUGGCAUUUGUUUGAAUGAUUAGGGAAGUCUUGGUUGCUGUGUGAAUGUGCAAGAAGCAAAGCAGAACAUUUUUCUUUCUAGCAGCUCUGCUGUCUACAAUAGUUUUAUGGUGGGGAUGAGGACAUGUUUGACAAUUGCUGUAGUGUGACAGGGUCACCUUGAGCAGGUUGUUAGCAGACAGUGUUGGUGAACUUGUAUCAAAUGCAUCAUCAGCAGCAGAAACCUGACUAUGCCCACUGCAGGGCAAAGGCCUCUUCCAUGAUCUGCCAAUCAACCCGGUCUUGUGCUUUCCGUUGCCAUGUUAUACCUGCAAACUUUUUAAUCUCAUCUGCCCACCUAACUUUCUGUCUCCCCUUCGGGCAUUUGCUUUCUCUGGGAAUCCAGUCAGUUGCCCAUAAUGACCGCGGUUCUUCUUCUUCUCCUAUUCUCAUUACUCUUACCCAAUGCAGAGAAUUGACCGAAUGUUAGGUGAAUUUUUGUGUGUGUGUGUUUCUUCGCAUUACUAUUUGUAUAUGCUAGGGAUAGGUAACACAACAAAUAAUUACUGAGUAUUAUUUCUAUAUUUCAAAAGAUAAAUAUUCAUUUAGUAUGACAAUGGUUAGUAUGACGAUAUAUGCUCGAUAUUCUUUUAGUAUGACUGAUAAAUUCCUCGAUGGCGUAGUAAAUAUUCCUGGACUGUAGCCCAGAGUAGAGGUGCCAAAUGAUA